GCGCAGUGCAUUCGCGCGCGAAAGCUUCCCAACGGGAGGUUGCACCGCGCGACGCAACAAUCACCGGCAAUUGUCCCGUAAAUUUUGCGUCGUUCGCCCUGACAUUCGAUCAAGUUGCAACAAUCAAGCCUCUCAAGCCUAUCGAUAUCGGCAGUGAAAGUAAUUAAGAUGCGAUUUGAUCGCAGUGUCGUCGACUCCUUAAACUAAAUCAUUUAACGAUCGAACGCGUUAUUUAUUUAUGUGUUAGGUAUUUAGAAAAAAACAUAGAAUAGAUCUGUCGGGAAUCGUCAAACAGCUAUGCGCACUUCGAAUAUUCGAGAAUCAUGAAGAACUGAGAGCUUUGGGACCAAGUGAGUGAGCAGAAGCAACAGGAAUUGAACGGAAGUUGAACGUGUCGCGAAUCAGUGUGCUCUUCCCCCCGUUUUGUUUUUGUCAGCGACGAAGUCACACGGUUGCUACGAAAAAAAAUUCUGGGUCUCUCGAAAAUCUUUCUCAUCGUCGAGUGGCUCUGCACAACGUUCGCGAUCUUGUUGUCCGUUGUGCUUGUCCUCGAGAUGGCCAGGUACACGGGCGGAAACAAUUUUGAACUCGUGCAACACCUCAGGAGGUCUAGAAUAAUCAAGUCUGAUAGAGUAUUCGAAGCGAUGAAAUGUGUGGACAGAGGGAAGUUUACUCAUCCCAGCCGUGCUUACAUAGAUUCUCCGCAAGUGAUUGGUUAUGGUGCCACUAUUAGUGCUCCUCAUAUGCAUGCAUACGCUCUGGAAUUGCUUGAGGACAAACUACAUAAUGGUGCUAGAGCACUGGAUGUUGGGUCUGGAUCCGGAUACUUGACAGUAUGUAUGGCUCUUAUGAUGGGAAAAAAUGGAUUGGCUGUUGGAAUUGAACACAUUCCAGAGCUUAAAGCGACAGCGGAAGAAAACAUUCGACAGGAUCAUGCAAACCUUUUGCGUGAUGGACGUGUAGAAUUAGUAGUUGGCGAUGGAAGAUUGGGAUAUCCUGAGCGUGGACCAUACAACGCUAUUCAUGUGGGAGCAGCUGCCAAAGAAAUACCGCAAGCAUUAAUAGAUCAAUUGGCACCUGGAGGACGCUUAAUAGUACCGUUGGGUCGCGAGAAUUCAGAUCAAACGUUAGUACAAAUUGACAAGACUUUGGAUGGAAAAACUAAACAGCAAUACCUGAUGGGUGUGAUGUUUGUUCCACUUACGGACAAGGAACGACAGUAUCGUCGAUCAUGAGAUAAGUGUCAGCUCCAAUAAGCGAGCGUUGUUUUAUUAUUUGUGCAAUCUCACAUUUUGUUUUCACGAAAAUUGUGCGUAGAUUUAAUUAUUUUAGAUAGAAUGUGUGUGUGGCGUUAGUCCUUUAUAUGAAAUUUUUAUUUUAUAAUGGAAAAAAGUAAGAGAUUGCACAUGCUGAAAAUUCUUAUUUUAUAGAACAUUUGACUUUACAUCUUCUGUAGAUAUACAAUGGUAUUGGUUAGUGACACUUUCUAGUCUUUCCAAUUAUGAUGUGUGAAAAAAUAAAUUUCACUUGAUGCCUGAUGA